GUUUUCCCCCACCAGAUGUGUGAGGAUUUGAUUUUUAAAUUGGUUGGUCAUGAGCUUGAAGAUAUAGCUAUACUCGAUAUUAAGCCUUGGGUAAUGCAUGCUGAAGUUGCUGAGAAGUUUUUGUCCUUUGAAAACCAAGUUUUUCUAGCUGGUGAUGCCGCUCAUCGUUUUCCUCCAGCCGGUGGAUUUGGCAUGAAUACUGGGAUUCAGGAUGCUCAAAAUCUUGCUUGGAAGCUGGCUGCAGUUGUCAACGAUUGCCAUAUUUAACACUGCACUCAGUGUUCAGAACUUCAGAGCAGCCAUGGAAGUCCCUGCUGCCCUUGGACUUGACCCUACAGUUGCAAAUUCAGGUGCUCAAAUUUCAAUUGACUCGACAUUCCCAACCAACUACUUUUAACUUCCUUAUUCGUCAUUUUUCUAUUGCUGUUAGUCACAUCUCAUCAGUUGUUCAAUCUUUUUUCUACCUGAUGGUCUUGUGUUCAGCUUGUUUUUUUUCCUUUUGUCUUGCUAUGUACCUUGCAGUUGCCCAGAUGUCUUUGUCUCAUGUUUUCUGUACUCAG